AUGACUGAACAUCUAAAAAAUGAAUCGUCUAACCCACUGCACAAUAAAAGCCCCCAUCCUAACAAAUUAUUGAAAGACGAGACUCAGGACCACCGACAAGGAAGGACAGCUUUUAACACCGAGUCCCCAACCUCUAAGGCGAAACGCGAGCAGGUAUUCCGAAACCGUUUGGCAGUCCGCCGUCGACAAGCCUUGACCCGAUCUAUUUCUCCGAAAAGCCACCUAAAUUCCACUUUGAAAUCCUCUCUAAACAAUUCCCAGGACUUGUUGGAGGUCCAGGAAACCAGACACAGCGUCUACGUGACUGCCCCUUCAGACUCAGACUUGGACGACCAGCCGACUCUUGAUGAGGAGAGCGAAAAAGAAGAAGAAGAUCAUAGCACAAUUGGUUCAUUAUCUCGCAACUCAUCAUCCAAAAACGGGUCUUUGACUCAGUCAUCGCAAAUGAGAAGAAAGAACACUGUAGUGAUGCCCGAGUCACUGUACAAUCAUUUCCGGCCAGUAGAAAGUAAUAUUCCUAUAGAAGAUAUGACGCAGUUUCGGUACUUUGGCCAAAAAAUCCGCCCGGAAAACACCACUAGCAACAAUUCCGUCGAAGUUACCAGUACUUCUGCUUCUCCUAUGCAGAGGAGGAGAUUCUUCAUCAAAGGGUUCAGCACUACUGCGACUCCUUCAUCGAAACUCGAGGAAAUGAUCAACGAAGAGAUGAAUAUCGCAGUCGAUAAGUCUACUGUGGAGAGGAACAAGAUCCCCAAGACCAAAAACCUCCUAAGGGGCACUAAUUUGUAUCUUAGAAAGAGCCAAAGGUCAGAUUCUUUGCUUGCGAAUGUUACUGCCAAAAACGGAAGCACUGAAGGGAACUCUGUUCAGCUUGAUAUUGCUUCUAAUGAUGUUACACUGAGGAAUUUGACCUUAAAUAACACCAAAGAUGAAUCCUUGAUAUCAAAAAUUGAAAAGCCCAAAAGUUCUUCCGUUCGUAGCAAGAAAACAGGAGUUUUGCAAACUGGAAAUAACAAAGAAGAAAAAGGGCUGAUGAUGCCUUCAGAGUCUUCUCAGGUUCUCGGUAGAAUUUCGACAUGGCUGUCCAUAAACGCUGACCCAAUGACACCCUCGAUGGACAGAGAAAAUGUGAGUACUUCUUCUAGCUCGUUGCGAAUUGUUGUAACGGAGAUACCAGCAGUAACCGAACUAACGGGAAAUUCAUCUGGUUUAGAGCCUGUAAAUAUCGUUGCUGAGAAUGUUGUUACUUUAGUGCCUUUAACAUCAACAUCAUCAACAUCAUCAUCGUCAAUAUUAACUACAACAUUAACACCGGCUACAACAGCGGCCACAGUAACGGAUACUUUUACUUCAGCAACAGGGAUUCCUAAUGAAGAAGCACCUGUUGCGCUAGUACAGCAGAUGCACCCGUAUGCCUACACGAUCACAAAUGUAACUCGGCUGCUAGGAAACUACUCCGGACCUGGGUCAAAUGACAACCCGUCGUUGACAACGUUAAAAGAACAAGUAAAUUCUUGGUUUUCUCCUCCUCUUGCUACCUCUGGCAUGGAUCUACUACACUCGACGCGCACGCCCGGCCCAGUCAGUGUUGCUCCGACUGCCGUUGAACACAGUGCUACAACUGAGCAGAGCACCCCGCUAACUGCUGCUGCGCUCUUGGUGGGAGAAACUUUUAACGAUACUACUUUACAGCAACAAGUCGCCGCGUAUUCAGUUCACCGCAACACUUCUCAGGCAUCCACUGCGGUUCCAAUCUCGACUGAUAAUCCUGCUGUUGGUUCUUCUAAUUCUAAUUUUAAUUUCAAUUCCAAUUCUUAUCCCAAUUCCACCGAACCAACCAGCAGGACCUCUGCUGAAGAAAAGGGACACCUUAAAAAAGUGACUGAUGAAGGGGAAGAGAAAACUACUGUAAGUGCAAUUGUUGACAAAGAAGUGACCAAUGACAAAAAACUGUUUAGGUCAACUACCCCCAGUGCAGUUAGUUCUGAAGGAAAGGAAGCUGACCAGAAUCUGCCCAGAUCAACGACUCCAGAAAGUGUCGAACGAAAGUCAACACUGAAGUUGACUACCGAAAGUGGGGAAAAGGUGCUAGAUAAAAAGGAGGUUAAUGACAGGAGGCUGUUGAGGAAGUCGGCCAGCGCAGUGCUCAAUCAGAGGAUCACUGGGGAGGAAUCUGUUAGAGAUUCUAAGAGGCGUCGAAGUGAUAUCAGAAGUGGAAGCAGAAGCACCAAAGGACGUGUUGAUGAAAGGGUCGGCUCGAGGUCCAUUGACAGCAAAGAUGAGGUGAUUCUACCGGUUGAUAGUGCUAAUAAUAGUUAUAAUAUCGGCAGUAUUAUGGCGAAUAGCAGCAUGAUAGGGGAAUCUGGUGCGAAUUCUGGGUCUGGUUUGCCUAUAGUUGGUGAAGGCCAGAAGUUUGAAGGUGUGAAGCUGAACUUGAGCGAGCCGGUGAAGGGGAACGGGGAAAGUGAUAGUGGGACUGGAUUUGGUGAUUUGAAAUUGGUUAGCUCAACCGUGAAAACUCCGGUUUUUCCUGUUACUCCGAUGAUUUUAGACGAUAAGGAUAAGGAUAAGGGAAAGGUUGAGGAUCAGGAUGUCGAGGAAAAAGUCGAAGAAACUGCGAAAGCUCCGGACAGACCGUUUGGAAUCGCAAAGGACUUGGACCCUUCUGAAAUCCAGAAGAUGUACCGGUCCCAGACGACCUUGAAGCCGGAAGGAACAACGCUUCCGGAAGCAAACCUGGUGACCUCUCCGCAAACUCCAAAAAUGGAAGCGAAGAAAAAUGGGGAGAGGUCGCCGGAGGUCAGGGGAAGAAAUCUCUCCGACAAGACCAAGGACAAGGAUGAUGUUCUGCCGAUAAUGCAUUUGUACAAUACGUCGGAUAUUUUUAAUGGGACGAUGAAGGACUUGGAAAAUAGGGAGAACAGAACGGUGGAGGUUAAGACGGUAGAUGGGGAAGAAAAUGUGAGUACGAAGGGUAGAAAUAGGGAAAGCGCGUCGAAUUCUACGAAGGUACAGAAUUCGAAUCCGGGCUCUAGUUCUCUCGGGAACAAAACCAGACACAAACCGGUGUACUUUUCCGGGCCGGAACCCAACGGGUAUCAUCAGGUGAAUUCGAGUUUUUACGAACCCGGGAUCAUUCCGGUUACUAUGCGCGACCCUAUAAACAUGAGUGAAGUAAUCACCAAAAGGCACGACGGAGACACUUUAGCGACCCAGGAAACCGUCGUUAUCGUGCUGGAGGAGUCUGACACAUCAUCAGAGAUAAGCUGCAGGAAGGAUGCGCUGAAUCUCGAGAAUGGGGACUUCAAGACCUCGAUCGAAAAGGCGAUAACCAAAUUGCCGAGGAUACAGCAUCUCUUUCCUCGUGACAAGCUGAGGCUCCAAACAGUCCUAGGACAGGGUAAUUUCGGACAAGUAUGGAAAGCAGAAGCUGAUGACUUGACGGGUCAUAAAGGAACGACCCGACUGGUUGCCGUAAAAACUGUCAAAGAAGGCGCUUCUGCAAGGGAAAAGGAAGAUCUUGUCAGGGAGUUAGAAAUUAUGCAGCAGUUGGGGAAUCAUCCGAACGUCGUCACAUUACUAGGCUGUUGCACUGAAGAAGAACCGCACUACCUGAUCCUUGAGUACGUGAUGUAUGGGAAGUUAUUGGCCUACCUCAGAGAUCACCGGACCAGACAGGAUUUCUACAACUUCAGUGAAGAUUCAGCAGCAUUGACCUCCCGAGACCUUACUGUGUUUGGGUACUGCGUCGCUCGGGGCAUGGAAUACCUCGCGUCCAAAAAGACCAGCAGUAUCCUCAAGCAAUUUAAUAUUUUUACGGGCACGAGGUUUUAUAGUUGUAUGGUUAAUUCAGUAGCAGUGUUAAAAUUUAACAUGGGAACUAAACCCAAGGCAAAUUAG